UAUCUUCAUUACCAAAGUCCCUGGUCUGGAAGGUUUGUUAAUGGGUACCUGCAGACUGCUACCUAUCGGGCAGCGGAGGCGGUGGAGGCUACCGCCCUGGAUGAAAUGUUAUUGCCUUCGAUUUUCCCGGGUGGAGUGUUCGUUGCCGGGACUUGUCUCCCUUGAUUUAUUUGCCUUUGUCCAGGGGGAUCGGAGAGCUGGGCUCGGUGCCGUGCACAACACGUGGGAUAAAUCACAACAGGAAACGUCAGCAUCGCUCGGUGCGGCAGAAUGCAAAUCCCCGGCACGCGCUCCGACUCCUGUGCUCCCCCAGGACUGAGGACCGGCUCCAACGGUGCCUUUGGAGAGGGCACCUGGGGCCUCAGUGUGUGUGUGUGUGUGUGUGUGUGUGUGUGUGUGUGUGUGUGUGUGUGUGCAUGCACAACUUUUACUGGGAUGAGAUCAGAGAAAACAUGCCCACAGAAAUAACCAAACCCCCAAUACAGGCCCUGUGAUGGACAAAUGACUUUCGAAUAUGUAAGUUAUUUGUUUUACAUUUAACAUUUUUAACAUUAUUACUUAAAAACUCAUUAGCAAAACCUUUUUAAAAUCAGUUCUGUAGAAUUGGAAUUGGGGUUAUAAACUCUGUGUGUGUGUGUGUGUGUGUGUGUGCGUGCGUGCGUGUGUGUGUGUGCCUGCAUUUCACUGCUUUGCUGUAAUUUUUAACCCUUCCAUCACCACUGCAGUGAAUGCAGGAAGGCAGACUGUGUCCUCACCUCCCCGACUCUGCACUGUACAGUUCUGUUACCUGCCCUCUGAGUUGAUGGAUACAUGCUUCCGAACCAGAACCUUCAGUGUCACCUCUCGCUGGUUACCUCACAGGAGCGGUGUGGACUGCGGCUGUGGGGAAUCCAGCUCCUUAGUUAACAGAAAUCCUCCGUAACAGGGUAGACUAAUCUAUGGGUCGCUGUGUGAAUUACAGUGUUUUUUACAAACGCAUAAAUUCCUGACCGUUUCUCCUCCUUUUAUCAGCCGAGUCUGAGCAGGUGGGCGAAUGUGACUGGGCAGUAUCAGUUAUAAGUGUGUGUGAGUGACAUCAGGCUGGGAUUCUGAGGCAGAGCUGCAGGCGGUGUUCUCUGCUAACCUGCGCAGUUUCGUUAAUCUCAUACUGGCUUUCUUGCAGCGCUGUUCCCUGGGCUGUUGUUCAGACGAGGAACACACAGACACACUGUCUGUCAGCGCUUUCAGCUAGACACAGAGAUUUGUACUCCUGUGGUUACUCUUUGAUAAGUAGGUCAGCGUGUAUUUAUAGUAAAGCUUUUUCUCUGCCUCCCUGGCACACCCUAUAUUGGCUGUGACCCCAAACUAUUACACUUCUAAAUAAAAUAAAAUAAAAACAAAACGGAUAUCACUUAUGGGCGGCGUGGGGGUGCAGUGCAUAGCACUGUUGCUGCGCACCUUUGGAACCUUGGUUCUAGUCUCUGCCAAGGUUUCAUGUGUGUGGAGUUUGCAUGUUGUUUUCAUGUCGUCAUGGGGUUUCCUGUGGGUUCUCUGGUUCCCCUCCAGUCCAAAAGCAUUCUCUGGUUAGUUGGUGUUACCCAAUGGCCUGUGACUGCGCCCUUUAAUAGGUUGAUGCCCCAUCCUGGGUGGUUCCCUGCCUUGUGCCCAUAAGCUCUUGAUCCACCCCAUGACUCCGAAUAGGACAAGCAAAUACAGAAAGUGGAUGGAUGAGUAUCACCAGCUGUCAGUCUGUUCUCUUUCUUUGAGCCACAUUUGUAGAAGGUGAGUUGCUUGCCAAGGAUAAGCAAAGGGACCCCCUUGAUUUUCUGGGCCAGGAAAGGUGAUGUGGACGCCAGGAGAUCUCCCAGGCCAGGUCCUCAUCUCCUCCCAGUCCCUGCAUGUUCUGCUUCCGCUUUUUCCUGAAAGGAUGCUUUGUUCCUGAUGUGUCCCUAACGAAUAUCAUCUUUUUAUGACUGUAGCUUACAGCCAUUUUAUUAUUUUGUUUGAUUCCAUGUUUAGUCUGAUAAGCUACGGUUGGUUGUGUAAGUACUUUCUUUUUGUUUACAGUAGCUUGUUUCUGAUGGAAUCAGCAUCUCUUUAUGGCGGGGGGGGGGGGGGGAGGGUGGGGGGGUGGUGGAUACUUUCAAAUUGCAAAGCAGUCGCUCACGGGGCCAGACAAUUUAAUAGCACUGCACUGUUUCAUUAGGGCCUGUGGUGGCCAGGCAUUUUGCAAAGUAAUCAACUCUCUAUGGGCUCCAGAUGGCUACGGGGGGGAGGGACCUUGCUAUGGGCUAAUCCCUCCAGCACAAAAUUGGGUUGUACAACCUCCACUUGGUGUUCAACUCCUCUGACCUGGAUUUUGAUAAAUAACCUCUUGGAAUUUACCAUACGAACAGGCUUUGUCUUGUAGCCCAGAUUAAGCCUGAACCUGCCUUCUUGGGCUUGUAAAAUCCCCCUCCUGUCCCACCCCCACUGCUGUUCCCAAAGUGGCGAAAGAGGGUGAUAACCUUGAGGAAAAGGUCAGACUGAGUAUUUGCAAGAGAUGUACUUGUAUUUACAGUAAACCACUUGAUCUUUUGAGUGAUGUCUCUUCAACAGUGUUUUCCAAUCCGGUCCUUGGACACCCAAAGACGGUCCACGUUUUUGCUUCCUCUGAGAUCCCUGCCAGACAGUCCAUGUUUUUGCUCCCUCCUAGCUCCCUACUGGACUGCCUGCGGAUCCCCCAAGGACCCGAUUGGGAAACUCUAUUAUAGAAAUCUCAACCCAUACGGUCGAGCCGGAUUACAGUUAGUCGUUCUGGGCUUGUGAAUUAUUUAGUUUAAUAAGGGAUUCCUUCCUGUGUUUGCAUACUCGAUCAGAUCUCAGGCCAGCUAGAGUCCUGCCCGUGUAAAAGCACAAAUAAUUAAGAUGUCAUUCUACAGGAUGUGACCCAUUCAGUAAACAUAUGAGAGAACAAUCCCAGGAUGCUUUGGGUCAGCCGUAACCCCCCCCCCCCCCAGACCAUCAUGGGUAGGCACCACCAAACAGGACAAGCAACCGUUAGUCUGCAAUGUGAUGGAAAAAACAUCCAUGUCGUGUCCUCAGGUUCCUUCUGGUACUCCACCCACUCUAGAUACACUGAGAGGUUUGGGGAGGUGGACUGCUGCCUCAAAAGUGUGCAAAAAGCCGGGGCAUCUCCUGCCUGUGCCCACAGGCUUCCUGGGACAGGUUCCAGGCUCUCUGUGACACUAUAUGUUGGGUGCCCUUGGCUGACCCGGACAAUCUCCCCCGCAGUCCCACUUUAUAAUGGCAUCGUCUUCGUCUUCGUGUUGGCGAACUUCGGCAUGGCCACCUUCAUGGACUCUGGCGUUUUCCCCCGAGCGACCGAAGAGGAGGAGGACAAGGAGGACGACUUCCGCGCGCCACUCUACAAGAACGUGGAGGUGAAGGGCAUCCAGGUGCGCAUGAAGUGGUGCGCCUCCUGCCGCUUCUAUAGGCCUCCGCGCUGCUCCCAUUGCAGCGUGUGUGACCACUGCGUGGAGGACUUCGACCACCACUGCCCCUGGGUGAACAACUGCAUUGGCAGACGCAACUACCGCUACUUCUUCCUGUUCCUGCUGUCUCUCAGCAUCCACAUGGUGGGCGUCUUCUCCUUUGGCCUCCUCUUUGUAAUGCACCACCUGGAGCGUCUGGAAGCCCUACAGACCACUGUCACCUUGGCGGUCAUGUGCGUGUCAGGCCUGUUCUUUAUCCCAGUGGGCGGCCUCACUGGCUUCCACAUGGUGCUGGUGGUCAGGGGGCGCACAACAAAUGAACAGGUAACCGGGAAGUUCAAAGGAGGAGUCAACCCUUUCUCACGUGGCUGCUGGGGCAACACCGAGUACGUCUUGUGCAGUCCCCUUGCUCCCAGAUACAUGGUGCCCCCCAAGAAGCAGCCCCUCAUCUCUAUCCAACCACCCUUUCUUCAGCCUGAGCUUUCAGAUGGACAGAUGACCUUCAUGUUCAGAGACAACGGGAAGAGUGACGCCUUCUGGACCAAGUCUAAAGCAAGUCUGGAUGUGAUCACACUUGCUCCCAGGCCGGACUUUGGCGAGGACUGCGAGCCGAAACCCGGACUGGCUGAGAGCGAAGGCCUCUCUGCCCAAGCCUUGUUUAAGUACCAAGCUCCCUUUGGGUCUGUGUCCAAGGUGCAGUACUGUGCCGCGGGAGAGCAGGUCACAAUAUCUGGCCAUCACACGGCAUCAGCCAGCCUGGAUGGUGUCCCCAGGGACCAGGACUACUUCUCUGAGCCUGACCUGGACCUUCCGGACUGCAGGAACCAGCUUGCGCCCUGGGCCUUGCGGUCUUCCCUGCUGCAGCUGGACUCGUGCAGCCUCCACUCACGAUCUCUCAGCCUGAGGGAGUCACACCAGUACCGGGACCAGCUCCAGGCCCUACCCUGCAAGCCUGAGGACUCGGCCCCCCACAGCAGCGCCUCGACACCUGGCAUGCUGUACAGCCGUAAUGGGAGCCUGUCUUAUGACAGCUUACUCCAUCCAAGCCCUAAUACCCUCACCAUGAUGGACUGCCUGGUCCACACUGGGCCACCCUCACUGAGGUGCCGGCUGCCAUUCCAGCCCACGAACCAGCUCUCGGCUUGGCUGCCCGAGUUGCCGUGCCCAGUCCUGGUGAGCAGACACUCCCCCCAUCUGAAGAACCCCUCCCCGGUGUGCUAUGAUAGCCUUCCCAAGACCGUCAUGGCGUCCAUUCAAGAACGACGAGAGACCGAGGAUGAGAGACAGCUGCAGGUCCAAUCCCACUUCCAGCCUCAGCCAGACCCUGGGGUGUACCACACGCCCCACUUGCACAGCCCGCACCCGGGUCCAUGCUACUCCGGGGGCCCCGGAGCUACCAAGUCACAGAGUCCCACGCCCCCCAUCUUUGGGUCACGGGACAGUCUGAUAGGUUUCGGGGGCAGGGUGCCCCAGCUCCAUUCCUCGGCUUCUAGGUCCUCCAUGACCUCCGAGACCUCUGCGACCUCCAUGACCUCUGUGCACACGGACACAUCCGGCAGUGGAGCACAGGCCCCAGCCAAACCGCUUCACUGACCCCGCUCUACCCCUCCAUAUUCUUCCUCUUCUACACCCCAGGAAAAUCUCCCUUUUGUCAACACGACACGAGAGACAUGCCUCCCCAAGGAAGCUCCAGGGCUUCGGUCCCUCCACCUGCAGCCGGAUCCCUGGCUUCAGCUGCCUUCCCACGUUCCUCACUGAACACAUGUGAGUCCUGUGCUGGAGGAACAGUGCAAGUACAUCUUAAAAUUAAUGCUGACGUGUCCACUUUUGUAUUUUUAGAAAAGAAGGCGAUAUGUUUUUUGUAUUUCCAAAAUAGAAUAAAGUUUCUUCCUCUUA